AUUACUUCCUAACAAAUGCGGUUUCAUAUUUGGAAACUCGAACCCGCCAAAUUCCCCCCUUUGAACACUAUGUCUCAUAUUUCAAACCACUACUGUUCUCUACUCAAACUUUGGUGCGAAUCCCAAAACCAUAACAAAAUCAAGAAGCUCCAUUGCUUCAUUAUCAAGACUAUAACAAAUCCAGAAACAUUCUUGCUAAACAAUCUCAUAAAUUCAUAUAGUAAAAUCAACAACACAAGUUAUGCACACAACCUGUUUGAUCAAAUGCCUCAAAGAAACCAAUUUUCAUGGAACACAAUUCUUUCGGUUUAUUCGAAGUCCGGGAACCUUGCUAGAAUGCUCGAGGUGUUUAAUCGGAUGCCAAACCGAGAUGGGGUGUCUUGGAAUUUGAUUAUUUCGGGGUAUGCAUCGCGGGGUUUGGGUAUGGAUGGUUUAAAGGCGUAUAAGUUGAUGUUAGAAGAUAGGGGGAUGAGUUUGAAUAGGAUAACUUUUUCGACGAUGCUUAUAUUGUGUUCGGAUAAUGGUUGGAUUCGAAUGAGUAGGCAAAUUCAUGGACAGGUAGUGAAAUGGGGAUUUGAGUCUUAUAUUUUCGUUGGUAGUCCGUUGGUUGAUAUGUAUGCGAAAGCGGGGUUUGCUUAUGAGGCUGAAAAAGUUUUUAAUGAGUUGCCUGAGAGGAAUGUGGUCAUGUAUAAUACGAUGAUUAUGGGGUUUUUGAGGUCUGGGAUGGUGAGAGAGUCGAGAAGUUUGUUUCAAGAUAUGCCUGAGAAGGAUUCCAUUUCUUGGACAACGAUGAUAACGGGGUUAACACAGAAUGGUCUUGAUAGAGAAGCGCUUGUGUUGUUUAGGAAAAUGAGGUUAGAGGGGCUGGCUAUUGACCAGUUCACGUUCGGGAGCAUUUUGACUGCUUGUGGAGGACUCCAGGCUAUCGAAGAAGGGAAGCAGAUUCAUGGUUAUAUAGUAAGAACCUAUCACAGUGAGAAUGUGUUUGUAGGUAGUGCGCUUGUUGACAUGUAUUCAAAGUGUAGAAACAUCAAGUAUGCCGAGACCACUUUUAGUAGAAUGCCAAACAAAAAUAUUGUAUCUUGGACUGCCAUGGUUGUUGGAUAUGGACAGAAUGGUUUUAGUGAAGAAGCCGUGAAGGCUUUCUGCGACAUGCAAAGGAAUGGGGUUGAGCCUGACGAUUUUACUUUAGGAAGCGUGAUAAGCUCAUGUGCGAAUUUGGCGAGCUUGGAAGAAGGAGCCCAGUUUCAUGGUCGAGCAUUAGUGUCAGGCUUGCUAUCUUUCAUUACUGUUUCUAAUGCAUUAGUGACCCUAUAUGGUAAGUGUGGUAACAUAGAAGAAUCUCACAGGCUUUUCGAUGAGAUGUCUGUUAAGGACAAGGUCUCUUGGACAGCAUUAGUGUCAGGAUAUGCUCAAUUUGGAAAAGCAAAUGAAACAAUUGAUUUAUUUGAGAAAAUGCUGGAACAUAGUCUUCAACCAGAUGGAGUAACUUUUGUUGGGGUUCUAUCAGCUUGCAGUAGGGCUGGACUUGUGGAAAAAGGCAAAAUUUAUUUUGAAUCGAUGGUGAAAGAACAUGGAGUUACGCCUAUUCUUGAUCAUUAUACCUGCAUGAUUGAUCUAUUUAGCCGAUCUGGGCGUUUAGUAGAAGCCAAAGAUUUUAUACAGAAAAUGCCUUGCACCCCAGAUGCAAUAGGUUGGGCCACACUUUUGAGCUCAUGUAGAACCCAUGGCAACAUGGAAAUUGGCAAAUGGGCAGCAGAGUCCCUUUUGGAACUUGAUCCAGAAAAUCCAGCCAGCUAUGUCUUGCUCACAAGCAUGUAUUCUGUGAAAGGAGAUUGGGCUGAAGUGGCUCGAUUACGAAGGGCCAUGAGAGAUAGAGGUGUGAGGAAGGAGCCAGGAUGUAGUUGGAUCAAAUAUAAAAACAGAGUGCACAUCUUCUCUGCUGAUGACAAGUCAAGUCCAUUUUCCGAUCAAAUAUAUGCAGAACUGGAGAAAUUGAAUGCUAAAAUGAUAGACGAGGGUUAUGUACCGGACGUAACUCAUGUCAUGCACAAAGUUGAAGAGUCCGACAAAAUAAAAUUGCUUAACCACCACAGCGAGAGGCUCGCUAUUGCCUUUGGCUUGAUCUUUAUCCCCCCUGGACUCCCCAUAAGAGUGGUAAAAAACCUAAGGGUAUGUGGUGAUUGCCAUAGUGCAACUAAAAUCAUUUCUAAGAUCACCCAAAGAGAAAUACUUGUAAGAGAUGCCAUUAGAUUUCAUUUAUUUAAGGAUGGAAAAUGUUCUUGUGGAGAUUUCUGGUGAUAGUUUGCCCGCAAUUUUGGAUCAGUUACGAGGACUGUUACAUGUAUCAUAUGAAUCAAGAAUAAUCACACUAGUUCUCUUGAAAGGAUACAUUUGCUUCCCAUAAGAGGACUUGGAUAUGUGUGUUUGUGAUAUAUCUAAUGUUUCGGGAGCCAUUCUAACAGGCACUACAUAUCGGAGCUCAUCAAUUUCCAUAAGUAGCAUGCAAGCCUAAAACAGGGAGUAUCUGAUUUAGGAGGCUACAGAUCCUCUUAAAAAUGUGUGAAUUGCAGAAAAGAUUUGAUGCUUUACCCUGGGCGACGAAUGCAUACAAACACUGCUGGUUUAUCACGCCAAAGCUUUGAAGCCUUCAUCGGAGCAGUCUUUGUUUUCACCAGACGCUCCAUUCCAAUCUUGUAUUCUGGUGCUAGUAUCUGAACUGAGAUAUUCUCUAUGGAAGAAUAAGGAGCAACAUUCUCUACUACUGGAGUUGGCUGCACACAGCCACAUGCUCUAGGCUCAUCUGGCUUAAAAGCUACAAUCCCCUUAAAAACAUGUCCAUCUUUAAUCGCGAGAUCAGCCAUUGAUUGUUCAAGGGAUAUAUCUGUAUUGGUUCUUGUAAGGGAUUUCAUCAUACUCUGCUUCCGGGAGGUGACAGGAGAAAUAUCCUUCCUGUAAUAAAGACUCUCACUACUCGAGGAAGUUCUUCUCCUCACUUGGCGGUUAUAGGCUUCUGAAAAAGAAUCUCCCCCAAAAGCUGCAGUUCUGUCUGUAAAACGGGCAACAUGGCCCCUUUUCAUUCCGAACUUUGAAGUAAGAUCUACUGUACUUAGGUUAAGAAGUUCGGUAAGGGAAUUCCCGGACUCCUCAAGCUUAUCUGCGUAUUGCAUCAGAGCAUGAUCAUGCAGGUAUGAUCUAAUUUCCAAUGCAUCCUUGAGUAGGAAAGAAAUAAUCAUCAGAAGAACAGCUUACUUUGUUUCAUGAAUUCUUCGAAUAUGCAGAACAACAAGCUUAACAAGUUCCUAGUCAAACUUUGUUUUGGCAAUAAUCAUUCAAAUGGGGACUGAGACAUUUAUUGGGGGUCGAUUUAUUAGAUGGUCGCUCAAUUAAUAGUUAUUAUAAAGUCUUUGAGGUAACAACUAUUAGUUUUGUGACCAGCUGAGAAAUCAACUCGGCAUUUACUACUUCUAGCAAAA